AUGGCACGAGAAUCUUAUAUAAGAGGAGCUCCCCCAGUCCUAGAAUGCACCAUCACCCACAACCCAUUCAAAAUCAUGUCAACUUCCAGAACCAUCUUCAUCACCCUGAUCCUCACGGUGGUGACAGUGUUCACGAGCACGAAGACAGCAGAAGGUGCUCGCACGUUCUUCGUGUUCGGAGACUCACUAGUUGACAGUGGCAACAACAAUUACCUCCCAACCACCGCACGCGCCGACUCUCCUCCCUACGGCAUCGACUACCCCACCCACCGCCCCACCGGUCGCUUCUCCAACGGCUUCAACCUCCCUGACCUAAUCAGCCAGCAUAUAGGAUCCGAACCAACGUUACCAUACUUGAGCCCUCAAUUAACCGGACAGAGGCUCUUGAUUGGGGCUAAUUUCGCUUCCGCAGGGAUAGGAAUCCUUAACGACACCGGUUUUCAAUUCGUAAAUCCACCUCUCUUUUUCUCGGUCUAUACAUUCAUGUAG